AUGCCUCAGGGAUCGGCCAGGAUGGACACACUGAGGAACAGAACAGUGGAAGAGCUCCAGGAGCUGCAGGAAGAUUCCCAGGAGAUCGAGCGCUUGGCCUUGGAAUCCCAGGAGGUGCAGGAGCUGCAGCUGGAGCGGGAAAUGGCUCUGGCUGCCAACAGGAGCUUGGCUGAGCAGAACCUAAAAUUCCAAGAGCCUCUGGAAAGAGGACGGAGUGACCUCUCCAACAAAUACCAGGAGCUGCAGGAGCUGGCUGGGAAGUGCAGGGAGCAGAAGGAAAAGCUGGCAUCUCUGCAUCCACAGACUUUGCUGGAUCUUCUCCAGGUGGAAAGCCAAAAGGUAGAGGAGGAAUCCGAGAAAAUGGCUGAGAAAUUCCUGGAGGGAGAGGUGCCCCUGGAGACAUUCCUGGAGCAGUUCUCUGUGCUGAGGAAGUUGUCCCACCUGCGCCGAGUGCGAGUGGAAAAGCUGCAGGAGCUGGUGCGGAAGUCAGAAGUGUCUCAGGAGCCUGACAGGGACUCUCAGCCUCCUCCUCCUCCUCACAUUCCUGGUCCUGUGGAUGCCCCCAAACCCUUCCCAUCGGGAUCUUCAGCCUUCCCUCUUCCCUACAGCCCAUCUCCAGCCCUUCCAGCGGGUCCCACAGCCCAUGGAGCGCUGCCUCCCGCUCCUUUCCCGGGAUCUCCGGUCGCUGUGGGACACGUUCCUUCCUCCCAGCCUGCUGUUCCCUACCAGCCUCCUGCAGCUUCUGGAUAUCCACCUGCUCCAGCUGCUGACUCCACUCCAGGGUAUCCCAGACCUCCCUCAGGAGGUUAUUCCUGGUCUCCAUCCCGAGCUCCACCUCAUCCCUCGCCGUAUCCUGUCUCCAGCCCUUCUCCUCCUGCUCCCAGACCGGGAUAUGCUCCCUACAUCCCCCCUGGAGCAGGAAGGCCACAGUGUCCCUAUCCCACUCAGCCUCCUAUCCCAAAUUUCCCAAUCCACACACCAUCUCCCUAUCCUGUGCCUCCCCCACCCUUUGGAUACCCUCCUGCUCCCAACCCUCAGCGUCCUCCUUGGCCUGGAUACUAA